AAUGUUUGAUCAGAGUCGUCAGACAGGCUAGAAUAACUCUUUGGAAUUAGAGGCAAUGGAACUUUGUCUGAGCAAACUUUCUUGGUGCCUGGUGCUGUGUGUGUGUGUGUGCGUGUGUGUGUCUGCAUGGGAAGAGCAAGAAAAGUUAAGAAUGAUCCCUAAGUGAGUUGAUGCUCCUGCCAAGUAUGGGAUCCUCUCCACUGCGGCCUUGAAAGGAUGGAUUCUGCGAAAGGUGUGAAGUGCUUUUGCGUUGGACUCCACAAAUGAAGUCUUGGCUUCUCAGCUGGACUCUAUAGGCUAUUGUCCUACGUCAGCUUGCUGAAGUGGGGUAGAAGAGCUCCAACUCCGGCUCCCAGCACUCUCUCGGUCUGUCUCCUGACCUUUAGCCAGGAAACAUCUCCCCCAGUCGCAGCCCCCUUUUCUCCUGAGUCUGGGUCACCACAUGGGCGCCAUAUCAGUGAUUGCCGGAGGACCUCCAUCUCAGUCAGUGUCUCACCCCUAACCCUCGCCUCCGUCAUCAUCAUGGAGAUGAACCAGCUCUUGACAAUGAACCAGGAGGACCGCAACAACAAGGACAAAGCCGAGGGGGGGCAGGAGAACGGACGGCUGGUGGCCGAAAAGGGGCAGAAGGUGAGCUCGGGGACGGGACAGGUGUCUAACGGUUACCCCAGCACGUCCCCUCAGAGUCCCAGGGAGGGCGGUGGAGCUGGAGGUGCCCCCGGAGGCUUCCGGACACUGGUGGUCCAGCAGACCAGCCUGGACCCACCCCGUGAGACCUGGAGCAAGAAAAUGGACUUCCUCCUCUCGGUCAUCGGUUAUGCCGUAGACCUGGGCAACGUGUGGCGAUUCCCCUACAUCUGCUACCAGAAUGGAGGAGGGGCCUUCCUGCUUCCCUACCUGUUGAUGGCUGUGUUUGGAGGGGUGCCUCUGUUCUACAUGGAGCUGGCGCUGGGCCAGUUUCACCGCAGCGGUUGCAUCUCCAUCUGGAAGCACAUCUGCCCCAUCUUCAAGGGCAUAGGCUUCGCCAUCUGCAUUAUUGCACUGUAUAUCGCCUUCUACUACAACACCAUCAUGGCCUGGGCUCUCUACUACCUCCUGUCCUCCUUCCAGCCCACACUGCCCUGGACCACAUGCAACAAUGCCUGGAACACACCCAACUGCACCCACUACCUGUCCACCGACCUGAACGUCUCCUGGACCAACACCUCCAUCUCACCUGCCGAGGAGUUCUAUACACGGCAGGUGUUGCAGGUGCACCUGUCCCCAGGUCUUCAUCAGUUGGGUGCGGUUAGCUGGCAGCUGGCCCUCUGUCUGCUCUUCAUCUUCACUAUCGUCUAUUUCAGCAUCUGGAAAGGGGUUAAGACCUCUGGCAAGGUAGUAUGGGUGACGGCUACUUUCCCGUACUUGGUACUGCUGAUCUUGUUGGUGCGAGGGGCCACCUUACCUGGUGCAUGGAGAGGGGUGGUCUUCUAUCUGCAGCCUGACUGGGAUAAACUCCUGAGCACCACGGUUUGGAUUGAUGCAGCGGCCCAGAUCUUCUUCUCUUUAGGCCCAGGCUUUGGUGUGCUUCUGGCCUUUGCCAGCUACAACCCCUUUCACAACAACUGCUACAAAGAUGCGUUGGUGACGAGCUCGGUGAACUGUUUGACCAGCUUCGUAUCAGGCUUUGUGAUCUUCACUGUGCUGGGCUACAUGGCUGAGAUGCGGCAGCAGGGGGUGGAGACAGUAGCGAAGGAUGCAGGCCCCAGUCUGCUCUUCAUCAUCUACGCUGAGGCCAUCGCUAACAUGCCAGCUGCAACCUUCUUCGCUAUCAUCUUCUUCCUCAUGAUCAUCAUGCUGGGAUUGGACAGUACGUUCGCAGGGCUGGAAGGAGUGAUCACUGCCAUGUUGGACGAGUUCCCUCACCUGCUGGCCCGGAGGAGGGAGUUGUUUGUGCUGGGUCUGGUGUGUGUCUGUUACCUGGGAGCUCUGUCCACACUCACCUAUGGAGGAGCGUUUGUGGUGAAGCUGUUUGAGGAGUAUGCAACAGGCCCUGCUGUCAUCACUGUCGUCUUCCUGGAGGUCAUCGCUGUCUCCUGGUUUUAUGGGACGAAGCGUUUCUGCAGUGAUGUGCAGUUGAUGCUUGGCUUUUCCCCUGGCCUGUUCUGGAGGGUGUGCUGGGUGGCCAUCUGCCCCUGCUUCCUACUGUUCAUUAUUGGCAGUUUCCUGGCCUUCCCUCCUGAGGUGAAGCUGUUUGACUACGUGUACCCGUUCUGGACCACUGUUCUGGGUUACUGCAUUGGUGUGUCCUCUUUCAUCUGUGUGCCUUCCUACAUGGUCUACCACCUGCUCACCACCAAAGGGACCUUCAAACAGCGUCUGUUGAAGAGCAUCACUCCAGAGCCGCCGGGCAGCGGCGGCCCACACAGGGACAUCAUCAUCACCAACGCAGUGUGACCGGUGUCGGGGACCUCUUGCCCUCUGCUGGACAUGUAGCACAACCGCAGAAGUGGGGACACCC